GUGCUCCUCCCACAAUCCUUUGCGCUGCCCUAGACUUGCCAGUCAUUGUCGCGACGAACGAGCGAGCGGCGGAAAACUAAAGAGGAAAUUUGUUGUAGUUGUGUUUUUUUGUGUUGUUUUUGAGCAGCAAAACGAUGAAGGAGACGGCGGCCAAGCGGCGCGACAGAGCGGGAGGCCGAGACCGAGACUCCAAGGCCGACAAGCCCAAGGAGGCCGCCGGCGCCGAGCCACAGGACGUCGACAUGCCGGAGGCGGAGGCUACCAGCUCGGUCAAGCCGCCCAAGGAGCUCGACAGCCUGACCCUGGAAGACAUCAAGGAGCACGUGAAGCAGAUCGAGAAGGCGGUGUCGGGCAAGGAGCCUCGCUUCGUGCUGCGGGCGCUGCGAGCGUUGCCGUCCACCAGCCGCCGCCUCAACACGCUGGUGCUGCACAAGACCAUCGGCGGCUUCUUCACCAACAACGCCGCCACCAGAGACUUCCUGCUCGCCUUCCUGGACGAGCCCAUGGACCUGGUGGACGGCGACGUGCCGUUCCGUCCCAGGACGGGGAAGGCGGCCGGCAACCCUCUGCUCCCCGAGGUGGAGGCGUACCUGCAGCUGCUUCUGGUGGUGCACCUGACCAACAACAAGAGGUUCAGCGAGGCUCAGAAGGUUUCUGACGACCUGCUGCAGAAGAUGGCCUCCAAGAACCGCCGGGCUCUGGACCUGGUGGCCGCCAAGUGCUAUUACUACCACGCACGCGUCUACGAGUUCCUCAACCAGCUGGACAGCAUCCGCAGCUUCCUGCACACGCGCCUGCGCACGGCGACGCUGCGUCACGACGCCGACGGCCAGGCGGUUCUCCUCAACCUCCUGCUGAGGAAUUACCUCAACUUCAACCUCUACGAUCAGGCCGAGAAGCUCGUGUCCAAGUCGGUCUUCCCAGAACUCGCCAACAACAACGAGUGGGCCCGAUACCUCUACUACACCGGUCGCAUCAAAGCCAUCCAGCUGGAAUAUUCCGAGGCUCGCCGGACUUUAACCAACGCGCUGAGGAAAGCCCCCCAACACACCGCCGUGGGGUUCAAGCAGACGGUGGGCGCGCACGCGCACACGCCCCCGCAUCAGGAGUGGAAAUUGGCUAUUGUGUUUGUUUGUUGUUUGCGUGCAGGUGCACAAGCUGCUGAUCGUGGUGGAGUUGCUGCUGGGAGAAAUUCCCGACAGGCUUCAGUUCAGGCAGCCGUCGCUCAAGAGGUCACUCAUGCCCUACUUCCUGCUCACUCAGGCGGUGAGAACGGGCAACCUGUCCAAGUUCAACCAAGCGUUGGAGCAGUUUGGCGAGAAGUUCCAGACGGACGGCACGUACACGCUCAUCAUCCGCCUCAGACACAACGUCAUCAAGACAGGCGUGCGUAUGAUCAGCCUGUCGUACUCGCGCAUCUCGCUGGCCGACAUCGCGCUCAAGCUGCAGCUGGACAGUCCCGAGGACGCGGAGUUCAUCGUGGCCAAGGCCAUCCGAGACGGCGUGAUCGAGGCGAGCAUCAACCACGAGAAAGGCUUCGUCCGGUCCAAGGAGACCAUGGACAUCUACGGCACCCGAGAACCUCAGCUGGCCUUUCACCAGAGGAUCUCCUUCUGCCUCGACAUUCACAACAUGUCUGUCAAGGCCAUGAGGUUUCCGCCGAAAGCUUACAACAAGGACUUGGAGUCGGCCGAGGAGCGUCGCGAGCGUGAGCAGCAGGAUCUGGAGUUCGCCAAAGAAAUGGCCGAAGAUGACGACGACAGCUUCCCCUGAGCCCCUCCCUCCCUCUGAUGUUUAUUACCCACAAUGCCACUCUUGUCUGGUUCUUUUAUUGUGUGAACAAAUAAAGAUGGCGAGCUUGUAA